CGCCGGCCGGAAGUUGCAGGGUCUGAAUGGGUCCUGGAGCCGGCAGCUGCGACCCCUCUCUUUGACACUGGGACUCCGCUCGGCCGCUGGUCUCGUCCGUCGCUGGGCCACCGGGUUCAUGUGGAGGCUUCUAGGCGCCCGUGCCGCGCUUCGUGGGGUCCGGACGGCGGUGGAGCAGAGAAGCCGAGCCGAGGCGGUGACUGAGACAACGGGUGGCGGGAUGGAGCGCGCUGUAGUGCGCUGUGUGCCCUCCGAGCCCAAGCUGAGCCUGUCGUUCGCGCUAGCCGACGGCAGCCACAAGAACAUGCAGCGCGACCAGAGCGAGCCGCUGGGUCGGGUUCUCAGCCGGAUCGCUACCAACGCUCUCAAGGGCCACGCUAAGGCAGCCGCCGCCAGGAAGAGCAGGAAGAACCGGCCGAACACGAGCAGCGGCACGGCCUGUGCAGGGCCUGGGCCCGAGCCGGCUGCGGCCUCCGAGCCUGUGGUGAAACUCUACUACCGAGAGGAGGCGGUUGCUGACGACGUGCUCAACGUGGACGCCUGGCAGGAUGGCGCGGUGCUGCAGAUCGGCGAUGUCAAGUACAAGGUGGAGCGCAACCCGCCCGCCUUCACCGAGUUGCAGUUGCCGCGCUACAUUAUGGCCGGCUUCCCGGUGUGCCCCAAGCUCAGCCUCGAAUUUGGGGAUGCCGCCGGCUCCCUCUUCCGAUGGUACAAGGAAGCCAAGCCUGGAGCUGCUGAGCCAGAGGACGGUGGCCCCUCGUCAUUGUCUCCUUCCUCACCCUCUUCUACUUGGACCAAGACGGGUGUGGACGAGCGCGUCUACACUCCGUCCAAUGCCGACAUCGGGCUACGGCUCAAGCUUCACUGCACCCCAGGCAAUGGGCAGCGCUUCGGACCGAGCCGAGAGCUGGAAAGCGUGUGUCCAGUGGAGGCCGGGCCUGGCACCUGCACUUUUGACCACCGUCAUCUUUACACAAACAAAGUUACAGAGGACGCUCUCAUCCGCACUGUCUCCUACAACAUCCUGGCAGACACGUACGCUCAGACUGAGUUCUCGCGUACAGUCCUGUACCCAUACUGUGCCCCCUACGCCCUGGAGGUUGACUACCGCCAGAACCUCAUCCAGAAGGAACUCACAGGUUACAACGCCGACUUCAUUUGUUUGCAGGAGGUUGAUCGUGCAGUGUUUUCAGACAGCUUGGUACCCGCUCUCGAGGCCUUCGGGCUGGAGGGCUUGUUUCGAAUCAAGCAGCACGAAGGCCUGGCCACCUUCUACCGAAAGUCUAAGUUCAGCCUCCUUAGCCAGCAUGACAUUUCUUUCCACGAAGCUCUGGAGUCCGACCCACUUCACAAAGAACUUCUGGAGAAACUAGUUUUGUACCCAUCUGCGCAGGAGAGAGUGCUCCAGAGAUCUUCUGUCCUUCAGGUUUCAGUUCUUCAGUCUACAAAGGACUGUUCUAAAAAGAUAUGUGUUGCUAAUACCCAUCUCUACUGGCAUCCAAAAGGUGGGUACAUUCGCCUCAUUCAAAUGGCAGUAGCCCUGACUCACAUUAGACAUGUUUCAUGUGAUCUGUAUCCUGACAUACCAAUUAUAUUUUGUGGGGACUUUAAUAGUACACCAUCUACAGGAAUGUAUCAUUUUGUCAUCAAUGGCAACAUUCCAGAGGAUCAUGAAGACUGGGCUUCCAAUGGGGAAGAGGAAAGAUGCAACAUGUCUCUUACACAUUUCUUCAAACUAAAAAGUGCUUGUGGUGAACCUGCUUACACAAAUUACGUUGGCGGCUUUCAUGGAUGUCUAGAUUACAUUUUCAUUGACUUAAAUGCGUUAGAGGUUGAACAGGUGAUUCCAUUACCUAGUCAUGAAGAAGUCACUACCCACCAGGCCUUACCUAGUGUUUCCCAUCCCUCUGAUCACAUAGCACUUGUAUGUGAUUUAAAAUGGAAAUAGAUUUGUGUUUAAUGGAAUUUAAGUCUGAAAAGGAAGUUAGUUAUUGUAGUAGAAAAUUUUUUUUAAAUCAAAGCUUAUAUGGUUAACCAUCAAAAGAGGAAAACUAAACACUAAGGUAAAAUGUUAUACCUUACUAGUUAUUGUCCAGAUGUCUUCAUUAUGAGACUGUUCAUAUUUGUAUCAUACAGCUUCUCUACCCUUUUUUUUUUUUUGCUAUACUUGGAGGAAAAACAAAUAUAUUUGUGACUAGCAAGAAGAAAAUUGAAUUACUGU